AUGAAUUGGCUCGGCCUCCUCGUCCUGCUGACCGUGGCCGGGCUGGCACACGGGACAUGGGACAACUGUGGAGGGACCUGUGGACUCCGAGCUCCACUAUCUGUAUAUAGCCCCAUGACUUAUUCCUACGGCAACGUGGCUUAUGACUACGGCAAUACACGUGUCGUGGGUGGCACAGGGGCCGCAGAAGCAGCUUGGCCCUGGAUCGUCAGCAUCCAGCACCCAUGGGCUCCAGGCCUAGGGCAUCUGUGUGGAGGGUCCCUCAUCAGUGCAGAUUGGGUCCUCACAGCAGCCCACUGCUUCGAUGGUAUGAGCAACGCCAGCCUGCUGUACGUGGUGAUUGGGGCCACCCAGUUCACUCAACCAGGUCCUGGGGCUGCAGUGCGCAACGUCAAGCAGGUGGUGAUACACCAGGACUACAACCCUAGCAUAUACAGCUACGACAUCGCCCUGCUGCAAUUGGACCAUCCUGUCCAGUGCAGCUCCUACAUCCAGCUGGCCUGUGUGGCUGGGCCCACAUUAAGAGUCUCAGAGCUCAUCAACUGCUGGGUGGCUGGCUGGGGUGCCACCACUGCAAGAUCUCAAGAUUCACCUGAUCGCCUCCAGGAGGCCAGGGUCCAGCUCAUCGAUCUCCAGCUCUGCAACAGCAGUGACUGGUACGGAGGGAAAGUCCACAUCCACAAUGUGUGUGCUGGUUACCCACAGGGCCUCAUCGACACCUGCCAGGGUGACAGCGGUGGUCCUCUCAUGUGCCAGGACAACAAUGCUGACUACUGGUGGGUUGUUGGAGUGACCAGCUGGGGGACAGGCUGUGCCAGAUCAAUGAGGCCUGGAAUCUAUUCCUCCACUAAGUACUUCUUUGACUGGAUUGAUUACAACAUGCGUAUGAAUGCAAUUAAAAGUGCUCCUUGA